GGAGACGGUACCGGUGGCAAGUCCAUCUACGGCGCCAAGUUCCCUGAUGAGAACUUCAAGCUCAAGCACACCCGCAAGGGUCUCUUGAGCAUGGCCAACAGUGGCAAGGACACCAACGGCUCCCAGUUCUUCAUUACCACCGUCAUCACCAGCUGGCUCGAUGGCCGCCACGUCGUCUUCGGUGAGGUUCUUGAGGGAUACGAGGUCGUCGAGAAGAUCGAGAACGUCCCCAAGGGAUCUGGCGAUAAGCCCGUCAAGACUGUCAAGAUCGCCAAGAGCGGAGAGCUCGAGGUGCCAGCGGAAGGUAUUCACGCGGAACUCUAAGCCAGCAACGUAGCUGGCAACAUGCGGGAGAGCUGCUGAUAUUUCCUUGUUCAAGAUUUGUACGGCACCGCAGGCGAUGACGGCACCGAACUCGAUGUCACCGCAGACCAGACCACCGGCGCUGUUGAUGUCGCAACUACUCCUGCCACCAGCCAAGGCAGCAAGGUCCCCAUCCCAGCCAUUCCUGGCUCUGCUAUCAUGGAGGAUGGUCUGUCUUGGGGCCAAAAAAUUUUCUUCAUUGGCGCUAUUGUCGCUGUUUGCGCUCUUUUUUUACGCUCGCGUGGAGGUGCCAGCACCUCCGGUGGGUUUAAGCAGAGGAGCAUGGCGUAGAUGAGAAACGACGAAAUGAAAGUGCGCUCAUUAUCAUAUAAUC